AGCGUGUGUGUGUAGCUUCUGUGGCUGUGCUACUGCUUGUUUAUUUUUCAGGUGAUUUUUUUAAUCAUGAACGAAACAAAAAGCAUGGCCGUCGUUGGUUUCUGUUGUCGCCAAAGGAGUCCAAACAGGCCUCAAGCCCAGCCCAAAUGAUUCAGACAUCUCUCCAACCUAAAACCCUACUGCAGAAUCUCACCUCUUUCUUCUUCUUCUUCUUCUUCCUCUUCUUCACCAUCUCUCUCUCUCUCUCUCUCUCUCUCUCUCUUCCAUGGGGGUACUCACUACUCACAGUCAACAACCAUAACUUCUCGGGGCCUUAGCAGUCGAUCACUCCCAUACCCACCACCUUAAAUCCCGUCCCAGGCCAUGUCGGCCCUCUCGAGAGGCCUCAUUUCCCGCUUCCGAGCUCUGUCCGUCCUUAACCCGACCUCGCCUUCGGCUGAGCACCUGAUCAGGAGGUUCAGCGCGGAGGCCCUGCUUGCCCCGGACUCGGCUCGCGUGAUCGAGGCGGUCUCGGGCGUGAUGGGCCCCGUCUCGAAGCGGACGGGGAUCAUUGCGGUGAAGUGCGGGAUGACCGCGCAGUGGGAUAAGUGGGGGGCGAGGGUUCCAUUGUCCGUGCUCUGGGUUGAUGAUAACAUCGUGUGCCAGGUGAAGACUGUUGAGAAAGAAGGCAUUUUCGCUCUACAGAUCGGUUGCGGGCAGAAGAAAGAGAAGCAUUUGACGAAACCGGAAGUUGGUCAUUUUAGAUCUCAAGGAGUUCCAAUGAAGAGGAAAUUGAAAGAGUUUCCUGUGACAGAAGAUGCACUCAUACCUGUUGGUACGUCAAUUGGUGUUCGCCAUUUUGUCCCAGGACAGUAUGUGGAUAUCCAAGGAAUUACAAUGGGCAAAGGAUUUCAGGGUGGGAUGAAAAGAUGGGGAUUUGCAGGGAUGCCAGCUUCUCAUGGUGCAUCACUGUCACAUCGAAGUAUUGGUUCUACUGGUCAGAGAGAUGCUCCUGGGAAGGUUUUCAAAGGCAAGAAAAUGGCUGGUCGAAUGGGUGGAAAGCGACGAACAGUAAAAAACGUGUUUGUCUACAGAAUAGAUCCCGCAAGGAACUUGAUGUGGGUGAGAGGCCAAGUCCCAGGUGCAGAGGGAAAUUUUGUAUUUAUAAAGGAUGCAGUGUACAAGAAACCAGACGCAUCGACCCUUCCUUUCCCGACAUAUUUUGCGGCAGAGGAUGAAGACCCGACAAGCUUGGAACCUCUGAUGGCCGAUCUUGGAGAAAUUGACCCAUUCAUGGUGGCAGAUUGAUUCAAUCGCGGUUUUUAUAUCCUCUAACGGAUGGAUCUGCAUUUUUGUCAGGAUAGAAAACUCUUGUACCUGAGCUGUUUAGGUCAGUCAUACCAGGCAUCAUUUUCUGGUAAUAGAAUCAUUCUCGGAGUCGAUUAUAAUCUUGUUCAUCCCUGGAAGGGCAGCUUCGGAGAAUGUGAGGUUUUUCUUCUUUGCAUUGCUGGGACUGUGGUGUCUAUAUUUAGCGCUUGUCCUCUCACUUAGAAAUAAAGGAGUGAAAAAAAUGAAGAAUCAUGGCUUUCACAGUUCUUGUUGAAUAUGUAGCAAAAGGGUGCGAUUGGGCUUGCUGGCUACUUAUGUCGGGUUAGAGAAAGUCGAUGUUUCUUCUGGACUGUUGUUGGGAAAUCUAAGUUCUGCUUUGUGAGUCUUA